AUGACUUUUACCCAGGAGGAGUGGGGGCAGCUGGAUCUGGCCCAGAGGACCCUGUAUGAGGAGGUGAUGCUGGAGACCUCCAGGCUCCUGGUGUCUCUGGUUAAGGCUUCCCUAACUCUGCCAUAUGGGAAAUCUUUACCCAACGUCAACUACAGUCCAGAAGCAGAUGAUCGUCCUUCUGAUGUAUCAUUAGAAGGUUAUGGUACAAAACCCCAGACCACAGAGUUUUCUCAUUCUCACCUUGCCUUGUCUGAGGAAGUCUCCCCACAGGAUCAACUGACUCGGCAAACUCUGGGGGAUAGGUCACACCUCACCUGGCACCAGCAGGUUCACAAUGGAGUGAGGCCCCUUGAAUGUAGUGAAUAUGGGAACGCCUUUUGCCACAGCAUGGACCUCAUUCAGCACUACAGCAUCCACAUAGGAGAGAAGCCAUUCAAGUGCCUCGAAUGUGGGAAGGCCUUCUACUGCCAGUCACACCUCAAGCAUCACCAGUGGAGUCACACUGGGGAGAAGCCCUAUAUAUGCAAUCUCAUCUGGCACUUCAGCAUCCGCACUGAGGAGAAGCUCUAUGAGUGCAUGGAGUGUUGUAAGGCCUUCAAUUGCCAGUCAUACCUCACAAGACACCAGUGGAUCCAUAGUGGUGAGAAGCCCUGUGAACGCAUGGAGUGUGGCAAAGCCUUUUGCCAGAGAGCAAACCUCAUUCGACAUGCCAUUAUCCACAUUGGGGAGAAGCCCUGUGUGUGCAAUGAGUGUGGAAAGGCCUUUACCUACUGCUACACUUUCAUCUUGCAUAAAAGGGCUCACACUGGAGAAAAAACUUUUGAGUGCAAAGAGUGUGGGAAAGCCUUUAGCAUGAGGAAAGACCUCAUUCGACAUCACAUUUAUGCUGGAGAGAAGCCCUAUGAGUGCAUGGAGUGUGGGGAGGCCUUCAGUCGCCACUCAGGGCUCACAAGGCACCAGCGGAUUCACAGUGGAAAGAAGCCCUACGAAUGCAUGGAGUGUGGGAAAUCCUUCUGCUGGCGCACAAGCCUCAGCUGACACUCCAUUAUCCACACUGGAGAGAAGCCCUAUGAUGGAGUGCGUGUGGAAAAGCCUUCAGUCGCAGCUCCUCCCUCACUCAGCAUUAGAGGAUUCAUACUGGGAGAAACUCUGUUAGUGCAAUGGAAGUAGGAAGACCCUUCACAAAUGGGCAGUCCUUAGUCACUCCCUGAUAGCUUCUAUUGGGGAAAGAUUCUUGAAUGUAACUAGUGAGGAAACCUCUUACUCAGAAUCUGAUCGUUCAUAUCAAAGAGAAAUUCCUCGAUUUCCUUCCGUACAAAAAACCUUUCUGUUGCAAGAUAUCAUUUGUCAUCUAAGGAGUCAUACUGGAAAUCUACCCCAGUCUAGAGCCUUAUUCUACAUCUGAAAAUUUAUGUAGGAGUGUGAUCCAGUCAUUCUUAUGCACUUCGCAUAACCAUCAGCCACAUCUUUCUCCUCAGUGUACACUGAAAAACUAUCUCAGGGAUAUUUAAACAGAGGAGGAGAGGACAUAAAAGAGAAAGAAAUGUAAGCAUGGUUUUUUUUCAGACUUCUGUGACAAGCCUAUAGCAGUUUGUUGUUCCUUAUCUUAUUUGAUGGGAGAGAGUGUUGUUUCAGAGAUGAGAGAGCUUUGUCCACUUUAUCUUACAUAUAUUUUCACUGCUGUCCAUUGCCAGGACAGUUGGACAUUUAGGAUGUGUCUGAAAACAUUUAUUGAAAGUCUUUGUUCUGUGGCAUCAUCUCUACCCUUGAGUAGCAUGAGUCUUACCAAGAAAUAUGAAGGCUUCACUUAUGAAAUACUGUUAUAUUUCAGGAGAUACAAUGGGCCCAUGUACCACACUCUUAAACCUGAUUUUUUAAAAUAAAAUAUUUUUUCAUGUGUAUUUAACUACAUACCACUUAUAUACUUGCUCUUAAUCUACUUGUUUUUUCUGUGUAAUGAGGAUGGCAGUGUAGCUGUGUGAACUUCCCAGAUGAAUGUGAAUUCUUCCUUCUGAUUGCAAUUCCUAAGCUUCUCCAAUCCUCCUUAGAGAGGCUUCUCCCAAGUCCAUGUCAGUUGUCUUCUAGGGGUUGAAUGAGAGGCAAAAUAAAGCACAUAACUAAAUUAAGCUAAAAAAGAAAAAAAAGGAUCCCUGGGUGGCACAGCGGUUUGGCGCCUGCCUUUGGCCCAGGGCGCGAUCCUGGAGACCCGGGAUCGAAUCC